UUCUGUCAGUGCAACUCGGGAAAGAAGGAUGAUGAUAAACUCUUUUGUUUUGUUGAUUUUGGCUAGAAUUGUGAAUUCCAUUAAGUGUGGACUACAAGUAACUGGUGAUCAUAAUUAUGUUGGUUGUUUUGUUGAUACACACAUAAGACUUUUACCACAUUUGUUACCAUUGAAUGGACAACAUCAUAAUGAAAUGGAAAACAACAGAUGUUUACUCUAUUGUAAAGAUCGGCGUUAUAUGUAUGCUGGGACAGAGAUUUCUCAACAUUGUUUUUGUGGUGAUGACCCAUAUCAGUACGGACCAGAUGAUGUUGCUUCUAUGUAUAAAAUGAAUUAUGACUGCAAUAUAGAGUGUGCUGGUGAUUCCGGACAGAUAUGUGGAGGAGGUUGGAGAUUGUCAAUAUAUAAAACAGGAUUGUUACCCUUUGAACAGGGAGAAAAUUCGUAUAUGUUAGUCUUCAAUAACACGAUACUUACAACACCGGCCAACCUAGUCCUGAAAUCAAGAAGCACCACGGAAUGUGCGAGGUACUGCUCCUCAUCUCUCAGUUGUAAAGUAUUCGUUGUUUCGACAAAAACUGGACACUGUAGUUUGUAUUCCAGCUUCGAAGUUGCGUGUGAUGGAGUUCAUGACAAAGAUGGCUUUCUAGUUUAUAUGAUGAAAUAAGUGACAAUCGUGCAGUUGAUAUUUCUGUGUAGUUUUUGUUUUACUGGUAUUUCUCUUUUGCUUAUCACCAUUAGACUAUUGUGCUGUGUGUUAAUAUGUACUUGAGGGUUUCUGAUAGCGACUAGAUAAUGUUACCUCUUUUAACCUUUUUGAGAUCAAGAAUUUUCAUGUUUAGGGAAAUCGAAUGUCAAUACUAUCAGUUUUUGGUAAUGUACUUUUCUUAAAAUAACAUGCACGCAUUUCGUGGUCACUCUGUGUCAUGUAAAUUAUAUUAUAGUUACAUGUUCAUAAUUUUUUAUGCAGUAUUUAUUUUAUAAAAUUACUUGUAGCUUC